GUCACCUAAUCAUUUCUGAUUAGUAGAUAACUUACAUCGGACAACGUUUAAAGAUGUUUCCACUGUAACUAGUCUAUUUAGUUUCUUUCAUCAAACUAACGUAAAAUAUAGACAACAACUUAACAAGAUUAACAGCAAGUGGGCGGAAUACGAAAGCGGAAGAACUUCUUGUUAGCUUUGCUAACCCAGUUAGCUUGAUAAGCGGCUGUUAGAACGGUAGUAGCUAGCAGGCUAGUUUGCUUCCUCAAGCUGUCAUGCCUGGAGUUUCUUGAGAUUACACUGCGUGAACGAGAAUACUCCGCUUGUUGUCUGUUAGCUUUCAAACGUCCCGUAACGGUUUUUUUCUCCGCAAAGACGUUGACUUGAAACAUUAUUCUUGGAGCAUAACAGGACUGAAGUAAUCCACAGCAGAGGUUGGUGCUGUACUGCGACAAGCUGUGCCUCAGCCGGCUGGAAAUAGCACACACAUAACGCCAGACUCUUCUAUAGAUGAGGGGGAUUUUGCCAUACUGAGUUUCUGCGAAAUGGUCGGGGAGCCGAGCUACUGCCAAGGCUUUUAAAGGAGACAUCUCAGCUUGACUUCGAAGAACUGUCACCCAUUUCCUUGCCAAAAAUUUCUGAAAUGCUGACUGAAAACAGGAAACGACACCGUAGCUGUGACAGUGAGGACGACCAGCAGCUGAGACCUCAGGCCAAGAGGUCAGGAAGGGGUCCUUGCCUGCUUGUGUCAGAUCUGGACUCGGAGUCUUCCAGCAGCGAUAGCAGUAAUGGGAUCAGUAGUCCAGAGAGAGCAAUAGAGGCCAGCACCAGGCCAUGCAUACAUAGCCAGAGCAAUUGCACCCGCCCAAAACCUGAAGAUUCUGCCAGCUCCUUGCAGCACGGUCUCCAUGGCGACAGGCAAAGCGACUCCUAUGACCACAUCAACAGAGUCCUGAGGGAGGCACACUUCAGCAGUCUGCAAACAAGAGGGCGUCCAGGCUCAACAUGACCACGAACUGUGAGCCCGCUCCUGAUCGUUUUGUCCAUCAUCCAUCAGUGCCGAUAAUACCGGAAUGAUCAAUUCUCCCUGAAAGCCUCAAGGCACACCAUCAGGGUCAGGUGUAAGGGGGGGUGAUGAUGAUCUGUGGGGAGGUUUACAGAUUUUGGCCACUACGGCUCAUCCCCACCUCAGUGUGUACCAUUUGUUGAGACCAUAAGCACAUCCUCCUUUCCAUGGCCCAGCCACUGUGGUUUUUCUGUGCAGUAUUGAUGUGUGUGGGUGUGUGUGCACGCACUCUGUGCACUUUAUUAAGAGGUAUCAUUCUCUUUAAAUGCGUGCUUUGGUGUGUGGACAUUUUCAUUGGUGCUAAUGACAAAAGUGUGAUGAUGAUCCAAAGUGCUUGCAGAUUUAAAUAAAGUUAAGCACUUUACACAAUAAUUCCUUCGGGACUGCGGCAGUCAAUCAUUUUUAUCUGUAAAGUGGGAGCUGUUGUGAGCCCUUUCAAAAAAUGUCAUUAUUGUCUAAUUAGUAUUGAUUCAAUCACUUAUUUGUUAUUAUCUAACCAAAGUUUUAUGGGUAACUCUUACUUUGCAGUUAUUUCCUCUAGUAAAAUAAGUGGGUUCAUUAUGAUGGAGCGCAAAUUGUUCACGAGCCUUUCAAAAUCCAACCUUAGAUUAGACUUGUUAAUUAUAGACCUGUGGGCAGGCUGUGGAGACAGAAGCAUGUCCAGCACAGUACCACCAAAAAAAAACAAUCUCUCAGAAAGGCUCUAAAGUAUUCCAGAUCCCAGUGUUUUUACAUCUUUUAUAUUUUACACAUUGUGUAUCAGGUGUGCCAUAAGCCUGUCAGCCAUACUUGUUUAUGGAUGGUUGGUAUGACCACUACACUGUGUUGCAAAUCAGGAUGUGAAAGUAAUUCAUGUUAUGCAAUCUUCCAAAUCAUUUGGCUU